GGGGACCCCCCGGUCGCGGUCGGGGCUCGGAGCCGCGCGGAGCGCACGGACGGAGCCCGGGCCGGCAGCGCCGCGGCCGCCACGACCACCACGACACAGCGGCCUGGGGGGGGUCGGAGAGCCGCGGCGACCGCAGAGAGAGGGGGAGAGCCGGGACGGGCGCGAGGAAGGGCUGCGAGCGGCGCGGAGCGGAGCGGGCAGGGCAGAGGCCCCGCGGCGGCCCCCGGGGUAGGAAGGGGCGGAGGGCGCUGCCGGCGCUGCCGCGGACGGCGGGGAGGGCGAGUCACCCGGCAACGAUUAACUGCUGAAGUACUGAUCGAGUUCUGCUAUUCUUCAAUGAGGAACUACAGGCUGAUCUUUUGCCAUAAUCUUAAACAACCAUAAAUGACAAAAGAAUGCUUGGUCAGUGAGGGCAGCUGGCGCAGGAAGCGUUUUUCAAACUCGGCUGUUUAAGUACUCUGAGAAAAGACAGCUUUGAUUUUUGGCUGCAAAAAGAUAUGAGGAAGAGCUCCUCCCCUUCCUUGAGUAACUGCAACUCUGUUCUUGCUAACAAAAUAUUUGGAAUUCCACUUGAUGAGCUGCAGCAAGAAGGGCAACCAGACAAUGAGGUUCCAUUCAUAGUCCGCCAUGUCGUGGACUAUAUUGAGGAACAUGGGGGUCUGGAACAAGAAGGACUUUUUCAAGUCAAUGGGAAUGCUGAGACAGUGGAGUGGCUCCGGCAACGCUACGAUAACGGAGAAGAUGUGGACCUGGUUAAAGAAGCAGAUGUACCCUCAGCUAUCAGCCUUCUUAGAUUUUUUCUUCAAGAACUUCCAGAGCCAGUUAUCCCAGGCAGUUUGCACAUACAUUUGAUGCAACUUUCUCAAGAUUAUAAUAAUGAAGAUGAAUUUGGAAGAAAGCUGAGGUUCCUCUUGCAGCAGCUUCCACCUGUUAAUUACAGUUUGUUAAAGUUUCUGUGUAAAUUUUUAGCUAAUGUAGCAUCUCAUCAUGAAGAAAUUUGGUCAGCAAGUUCUUUAGCUGCAGUCUUUGGCCCGGAUGUCUUUCACAUUUACACAGAUGUGGAGGAUCUGAAAGAACAAGAAAUAGUGAGCAGAAUAAUGGCGGGACUUCUGGAGAACUACUACGAGUUUUUUGAAAAUGAAGAGGAAGAUUUUUCAUCUACGAAUGAUUUAAGCUCAAUAACUGAGCAGAUCAAUGAUCUCUUGGAAGAAGAGGAAGAUGUAAAGCUUGAGCAGUCUGAAGAACUUCCAGAAGAUGGCACAGAGAAACCUGUUGAAAGGCCAGCUGUGGUGCAUUUAGAUGUGACAGGGAGUCUCUCGGAUUCCAGGAGUGUUACAGCAUCAACAAGUGCUCAUAUCUCUCCCAUAAGUAUCUUGCCAGCCUCUGCAGACAUUUUAGAAAGAACAAUCAGAGCAGCUGUGGAACAGCAUCUUUUCGACCUGCAGAGCAGCUUAGAUAACGAUCUGAAACAUAUCCAGCAACACAGACUGGGCUGUAACAGUGAAGAAAAAAAUCCCAGUGGGGAUGAGGAAGGAUCUAACAACCAGAAUGAUGUUAUUGAAGAUAAUGACACUGGCAGCAAUGAAAACACAGGAGACUGCUCUGAAGUAUUGGUUUGCACUGAUUUAGACAGUGAAGCUAUGAAACAUGAAACUGGAACUGGGGAAGAAGAAAGCAUUCAGGUACCAGCCCUUCCUUCUGCUGAGGCUGCAGAUGUAUUAUUGCAACCAUGUGAUGAAGAUGCAGAUGUUGAUGGAGAAAAUAAUAGUGAAAGGGAAAAUAGUAUAUUGCUUGAUGGCAAUGAUAGAAUAUCUUCAGAGAUAACUCUGGAUUCAAGUAGCAAGCCUUGUGACCUGAAUGCAAACACUGAUGCCGAGGUGCCGGGGGAUGGCAGCGUCGAUGGCUCCGAGGAAGCUCCGGGGGUCCAAGUGCCACGUCUGGAUCUCAAGAACGUGUCCGAUGGUGACAAAUGGGAAGCGCCAUGCCCUAUCACUUUCCCCCUCAUUGAUUUCAAAACAAUGCAUCUGCAGAGAGAAGGGGAGGAUCCAUUUCCUGCUUUCAAAUCUUGGCAGGAGGACAGUGAGUCUGGAGAAGCUCAGCUCUCCCCCCAGGCUGGAAGGAUGACUAAUCAUCCCUUGGAAGAGGACUGUCAUCCCAUCUUGUCACAUCGCAGUUUGGAUUUUGGGCAAAGCCAGCGUUUCUUACACGAUCCAGAAACUUUAGAUUCUUCAUCCAAAGCACUUUCUUUUGUUAGAACACGGAGAGCAUCCUUUAGCUCAAAGGAUGACAAAAGGGAAGACAAGACACCUUAUCAGCUUGUCAAGAAAUUACAGAAAAAAAUCAAGCAAUUUGAGGAACAGUUUGAAAAAGAGAAAAACAGCAAGCCCUCCUAUAGUGAUAUUGCAGCCAAUCCAAAAGUUUUGAAGUGGAUGACUGAACUUACCAAAUUGAGAAAGCAAAUAAAAGAUGCAAAGCAGAGGAGCACAGAAGGAGAAUUCAUCCCUCAACCACGUCCACGAAGUAACACUCUUCCAAAAAGCUUUGGUUCCUCUCUUGACCAAGAGGAUGAAGAAAAUGAGGAUGAGAUGCGGGUUGUGCAGAAGGAGAAGAAGCCCACCAAGGAGGCCACACUGGAACUCAUCUUGAAAAGGUUGAAGGAAAAACGAGUGGAGAGAUGUUUGCCAGAAGAUAUAAAAAAAAUGACAAAGGACCAUUUGGUAGAAGAGAAAACAUCUCUCCAGAAAAGCCUCUUGUAUUACGAAAGCCAACAUGGACGGCCGGUUACUAGAGAAGAAAGACAUAUUGUGAAGCCACUUUAUGACAGAUACAGACUUGUAAAACAAAUGUUAACUAGAGCAAGCAUUACUCCUAUUCUUGGGUCACCAUCCACCAAGAGGCGAGGGCAAAUGUUACAGCCCAUUAUUGAAGGUGAAACUGCCCAUUUUUUUGAAGAAAUUAAGGAAGAAGAGGAGGAAAGUGAUGGUUUGUCUGCAGACCUGAGCGAUAUCUUAAAAACUGCUGCCCAAACCCAGCCUGUUCUAAGCCCAGUUGAAAACUCUGAGUCUGAUGUUGAAGAUGGUCAAGAGAAGCUGACCCGGGACCUGAGGCUGUCCAGCACCCGUGCUGCUUCCAUGCCUGAAUUAUUGGAGCAACUGUGGAAAGCCAGAGCUGAGAAAAAGAAGCUACGUAAGACCUUACGAGAAUUCGAAGAGGAGUUUUAUCAGCAGAAUGGAAGGAACGUGCAGAAAGAAGAUCGGGCCCCGAUGCUUGAUGAGUACAGGGAGUACAAGAAAAUCAAAGCCAAGCUGAGGCUCUUGGAAGUCCUUAUCAGCAAACAAGAUUCUUCAAAAUCCAUUUAAAUUCUCUUCCUCCAACCUGUCGAGUAACGUGGUGUUUCCAUAUUCUCCCCCUGUACUUGUUGGGUGCUCGUUGGUUCAUGUGUCAUGCACUGUUGAAAGAAUCCAGUUUGUGCACUUUAUUGUGGUGCCACUAGGACAUGUUUGAAGGGUAAGCAGGUCCUGUCUAGAGAGCAAGUUAAGGUUUCUGAGACUGCUCUAUCCAACUUUAGCAAACACAAAGUUUCCAUCAAGGUUUUGUAUUCCAGAUGCAUCCAUCUUGUUCCAAAACAACCAUAGCUUUUUUUUUUCUUUUUUUUCUUUUUUUUUUAUUUUUUACUUUAGCAUUCAAGAACUUUGAGACUUUGGUUUACUACCAACUUUUUGCAUUAUUGAAGAAAUUAUUAAUACCAUAAUGCUACACCGAACUACUCCUCUUGCCUAUUGUUUUUUAUUAUGGGGGGGUGGGGAAAUCAGCAAAUUAAAGGUACAGCUCUUAUUCCUGGAACACUUAAACAGACUGAAAUUCCUUUCAAAGGACUGCUGUGGAACAGCUCUAGUUUUUGAUACUCUAAAUUGCACCUAUUCACAGUAAUAAUUAACGUCAAUGGAUUUUGCUCAUUUAGCGGUCACGUUUCCUCCUCGAUAAACGGUGGACAAACCAGAAAGUGACCUUUGCUUUAGUGGCUUUUAAAACUUGGAAAACUGAACAGUUCAAUCACAUGCUGCCUACAGGACUUAUGUUACUGGUGUUCCUUUGAUCUCUAUUUUUUUUUUUUUUUGGGGGUGGUUGUUGUUUAUCACCCACCCGGUGGUGACGUAGUGUUUUGGCUGAAUUGGAUAACGCACCUCCGCUCUCGGAAGAUUUGAGGAAGGAACACAGUGAACACUUGGGUUGUACGGGAAAUCUGAUGGCACUCAGACUGGUGUGUAGCUCCAGCAGAAAGGAGCUGGCUUAGGACAGUUCAAAAAUCCCACUGUACCUGAACUAAGUGUGGUGUCAAGGGCUAAAACCAGCGCAGUUAACGCACGCCACGGGCCGGGCGUCGCUUGGGAGUUGCAGAGAUUACUGCUGUUUAUCACGGGGUUUGCUUCACAGUUGGAGAAUAAAAAACGAGUUACCUAACCCUUACCAUGUAAGCAACGCAGUUUAUGGGCCUUGCAUGAUUUAGCUUCAAGAGUUGAAAUUAAAUAACCUUUUUGAGUCUCCCAUCUGCUGUGCUGAAUGAUGAUUUAGCUACCGGCUUUACGCUCCGCACACGCCGCCGUCUCUGAGCUGGCAAAAUCCAAAUGUUCAUUUCAGCUGGUGCUUUCUCAAGGUUUUUUUUUUGUUUGGUUUGUUUUGUUGUUGGUUUUUUUUUUCUUCUUCUUCAGUGUAUCGGUUUGAUUGUGGCCACGUUUUUGCAUGCACCUCCUCUCACUGCAUGUUUUUAUGACUGGCUGGUAUCAACAUAGCUACGAAUUCACUCUCUGCUUUAUGAAAGACCAAAAAUGAACUUUCUCAAGAAAUGGCUCGCAUGUAACCUCAGAGACUUGCUGUUCUGUCAUGAAGCAUAUUGAAAUAGGCUGCAAGUAGGAUUUUUUUAGUGCUCAGAUUUCAUUUGUGUACUGUAGAAUACUCCUUGGUUUGUUUUACUCUGCUUGUAGGCAUGUAAUUCUGGAAUUCAGAAAAAGAAAAAAGCACUAAAACUAUUGAGCACUGGUGGUAUGCCUUUUCUCUUUUUCUUUCUUUUUUUUUUUUUUUUUUUUUUUUUUUCUUUUUUAACCUGCAAAGUGAUCUGGGACCUUAGAGAAUUAUGAGGUUAAACUAGUCUUGAGACCAUUUACCAAUUUUACUCAGUUCCAUUGUGCAAUGUACACUUCAGUUCCUUUUCUAUCAGUCUGCAGACACGGGUGUAUCCAAACAUUGAAACUAAUGUGUACUGUAUAGUGUUGUACAUGAAUGUUUGUGUUUUAUAUACCACAUGCAAAAUGUCAAUAUGCACUAUUUAAAUGUUUUAAAUAAUAUAUUCCUCCUUUAUAAUGCUUAAAUCUAUAUGAUUCCAAUAUUUUUAUAAGUGAGUGAGUGAUCAGACUGGUUCCAAUUCAGAAUUAACAGCUGCUUUGUGUUUGUUAUGCAGUGUUUGGCUGUUUAUUCAGUAUAGUAGCUAAGCAUGGCAACAGUUAAUGCUGAGUGUGUUUUGUGCCAUCCUUGUUGAGCAAUAAAUAAAUGGUAGAACUAGGCAUUUUGUGAUAUAACAGUUUUACUUUGGUAAAAGCAAAACCUAUAUAUCUAUAUGGAUAUAUAGAUAUGAAAUAUAUAUAACUGAACCAGAUAUAAUUGCAUUGCUAUGUCUGGUGCUCAUUGUAUAGACUUUUAUAAUAAAAGUACCUUAACCUUUAUUGUCAUA